GAAGCAUCAAUCAUUACCUAAUUAAUAGCUAUGAAAUCCUACUUUCACACUAGUAUCUCUACGCUCUUUUUGCUUUCCACAAUUGUAAUGAGGAGUGGAAUUAGGAGAGCAACAAACGAUGAUUUAGAAUCUCUUGUAGCAGAGGCAAAAGCAUUAGGGAAACAGGGUGGUGGAGUAACUAUAGCAAGAGUGAUGUCGAACAUUGUAUGUGGCCUGGUGUCAGAUGCAGUGCAACUGGAAGUGUCAUCGAGAUUGAUCUUAGUGGCCAUCGUCUAAAUGGGAGUAUAACGCCUCAAAUAGGUGCACUUUCGAAACUCAAGUGCCUCAACCUGUCCUCAAAUAAUCUUAGAGGUGAGCUACCUUCUUCACUUGGAAACCUUACUCAAUUGGCAGUGCUUGAUGUUUCUUAUAAUGAAAUUCAUUCCAUUCCCUUGGAAAUCGAGAAGAUGGAGAAUCUUGUUUCGAGCAUCAUCCCUCUCCAAAUACGGAACCUGAAAAAGCUAAUGACUCUCCAUUUCGGAAACUGCCAGCUCUACGGUUCCAUUCCACCAAAUAUUGGAAAGCUGAAGAGUUUGGUUAAUCUCCAUCUCUCAAGCAACAUGCUUGUUGGUCCAAUCCCAUCUUCUGUCAACAAGUUAACCAAUCUUGCAUCGUUGGUUCUUGAUGACAACCAACUUAACGGAUCCAUUCCACAAGAAAUUGGGAGACUGACAAAUUUGGUUACAUUGGAUCUAUCUUCUAAUAUGCUUGUUGGUCCAAUCCCACAAAAUUUGGGUAAGUUAUCCAGACUGGAAUCGUUCUCUCUUUAUCAAAAUAAAAUAAAUGGUUCCAUGCCAUUAGAAAUUAGAAAUCUUGGGAAGUUGUCUUACAUAGAUCUUAGUUACAAUAACUUGAGUGGUCAAAUCCCUUCAUUUCUAGGUCUUUUAUCCAGCUUUAGUAGUUUGCGGCUUGACUCAAAUCUUUUUGAAGGUUUCAUUCCAUCAGAUAUUGGAAAAAUUAAAAAAUCUCGCUGAGUUGGGGAUUUCUAAUACCGAAAUCACUGGCUCAAUCCCUUCAUCUCUAUGUUAUUUGACCAAUUUGCAGGGGCUGUACCUUGACACAAAUCUUUUACAUGGUUCCAUCCCUUAUGAAAUUGGAAAUAUGACGAAUCUAAUGGUGUUAACUCUUUAUUCCAAUCACGUUCCCAAUUCCAUCCCAUCAUCUUUACUUCAUUUACCCAAUUUAAUUUUUCUGCACAUGGCUUCGAAUCUUUUGGAAGGUCCCAUACCCCAUUGGGAGUUUGAAUACCCUGAUAUACUUAGAUCUCUCAGACAACAAAUUGAGUGGACCCAUUCCAACUCAGAUUGGUAAUUUGUCAAAUUUAACAGACUUAAUUUUGGCAAACAAUAACUUGAGUGGAAAGAUUCCCCUGCAAAUUGGUGGCUUGUCUCUAAACCAGCUUGAUCUAAGCCAUAACAUCAUUAGUGGAGAUAUACCUUCUCAACUCAAUUCCCAAAACAUUGAUCUUAGCCAUAACCUUCUCCAAGGAGUGAUACCUUCCCAAUUUGGGAAUUUAACUCAUUUAAGCAUCUUAGAUCUCUGUUGGAAUAAUCUAACGGGCAUGAUUCCCGAAAUUCCGUUUUCGGUGUGGAACCUCAAUUUGUCAUUAAUUCACUGAGGGGUCACAUUCCAUAUGGAUUAUUGCAUUUUACACGCGAUACAUUUGCAGGCAACAAGGAUUUAUGUGGUUCCAUUCAAGGCUUUCGUCCUUGUCCUUCAUCUCCAACUGUAAACAAGGAAAGAAAUAGCAAAUUAGUGAAGCACAAUCUAUCUGUUGUUAUUCUGGUUCCAACUUUGUUAUUUUUUGUCUCUACUUUUGCGUUUGUGAUGUUCACCCUAUUUCGACGAUAUAGAAUUAAAGCUUUGAAAUAAGAUCCAAGUCCAACUGAAAAUGGAGAUUUAUUCUCUACUCGGAACUUUGAUGGAAAGAUUGCGUUUGAAGACAUCAUCAAAGCCACAGAGGAUUUUGAUAUCAAAUAUUGCAUUGGAAUUACGGGUUAUGGCAGUGUUUAUGCAACAAAAAACUCCAACGAUUGGAAGCUGAGCAACCGGCUUAUGAUACAAGUUUCCGAAAUGAGAUCAAGUUUUUAACAGAAUAAUAUUAGGGGAACAAAUGGGAAAAAGCAAAAUUAACAAAGAUAAAAUAUAAAUAAAAUUUUUGUUUUAA